AUGAGAGAACAGAAGUGGCAAGUUGUUCUCAUUAACGGAGAUCUCAGUGAAAAAUAUCGCCAUCUUGGUUUCAAUAACAAGAAUGACAUCAGCCACGUGACUGACAAGUUGGACUUGAAAGGUGUCAGCAAAGAAGAUGAUUGGGAAGACAAUGUUUUAACAACUCUGUUGAAAAACAAUGUGAAUCUAGUUUUAGUCAAUGGAGAGGCUAGUGAAAGACUCACCCAGCACUGCAUGAGACACCGUAUUCUUGUGGUUGAGAGGGUGAAGUCCGCCAUUUUGAAGGACUUUGCAGAAACAACAGGAGCUGUCCCUGUCACCUAUGCCACACAACUGAGUAAGCACUGCGUCGGCACCGGGGUAGAAAUCUCCAUAUGGAGAGACUGCAGUGGCAACCGAAGGAGAGCAUCAAUGGCUGUGAACAUUGUCGCUGAUCGCACUGCGCUGGUCACAGUGGUCCUCACCAGCUCUGUGCACAGCAAGCUGCAGACCUUAGAGGACCGUUUCUGGGGCUGUGCCUAUCGGCUACACCACACACUGAAAGACAGGAAGCUGCUCCCUGGUGCUGGAAAGACUGAAUUGCUUUGCAUCCAUCACCUUCAAAAGCACAUUGAAGAGAAUGGUGUGCAAACAAGAGGCAAAGAUGGAGCCUCAGUCCCACAAGCUAAACAAGGAAGAGCAGGAAACCCACACAGGGCUGAUGUGUUUCAACUCAUGGCAGAUGGUUGGAUGGACUACAUUUCCACUCUGUUGUUGAACAGUGGAACAUGUUCAAAAGUGGACGCUUGGACUACAAUCAAUCAGCAGCUGAAAGAUUUGAAUGGAGGAUUAUCUGUAGAUGCUAUUUUCUCAAGAAUGCUAUUGAGAGAUGACACUGAGGAUGAUAUGAUGUCCCCAGAUAUGAAGCACAGUGCAGGGAAGGUCUAUGACAAUAUGACAGUGAAGUUGGAAGCAUGGAGGAAAGCCCUGGAUCUUGUUUUCCUUGUGUUACUGACAGACACUGAGAUCAUUACUGGCAUAGAUCCUAAACAAAUGGAGGGGCAAUUAAAUGUUAUGGUGCUUUGA